GGCGGGCUCGCGCUGUGGAGGCGGUGACGUAUGAGGGAGGGGCGGGGCCGGGCUGUCUAUAUAAGCGGCGGCCGGCCACCUCUCCGCACACUCGCCGCUCCGCUCCGUCUGCUCUCUCUUACCCAUGGUUAUUAGCGCCAGCGCUCCGUGCACAGUCAGAGGCAAACUGACAGCGAUGAUCAAAAAGAUGUGUCCCAACGAGAGCGAGCUGAACAUCCCGGCCAAGAACUGCUACCGCAUGGUCAUCCUGGGCUCCUCCAAGGUGGGCAAGACCUCCAUCGUCUCCCGCUUUCUGAGCGGCCGCUUCGAGGAGCAGUACACCCCGACCAUAGAGGACUUCCACCGCAAGUUCUACAGCAUCCGAGGGGAGGUCUACCAGCUGGAUAUCCUGGACACCUCCGGGAACCAUCCCUUCCCUGCCAUGCGGAGACUCUCCAUCCUUACUGGUGACGUCUUUAUCUUGGUCUUCAGCCUUGACAACAGAGACUCCUUCGAGGAGGUCCAACGCUUGAAGCAGCAGAUCAUCGAAACCAAGUCCUGCCUGAAAAACAAGACUAAAGAGGACAUAGACGUGCCGCUGGUCAUCUGCGGCAACAAGGGCGACCGCGACUUCUACCGCGAGGUCCAAGCCCACGAGAUCGAGCAGCUGGUCGGGGAGGACAAUAAGUGCUCUUACUUCGAGGUCUCGGCCAAGAAGAACUCUAAGCUGGACGAGAUGUUCCAGGCGCUCUUUACCAUGGCCAAGCUGCCCAGCGAGAUGAGCCCCGACCUCCACCGAAAGGUGUCCGUCCAGUACUGCGAGAUCCUGCACAAAAAGUCCAUCAAGGGCAAGAAGGUGAAGGAAGACGGCGACGCCUACGGCAUCGUGGCCCCCUUUGCCCGCCGGCCCAGCAUCCAUAGUGACUUGAUGUAUAUCCGGGAGAAGGCCAUCGGGGGCGGCCAGAGUAAGGACAAAGAGCGUUGCGUCAUCAGCUAGGGUUGACCCGUCUACGAGCCGAGAUGGCUUCCUAUAAAUAUAUACAUAGAGAAACAAAAGAUCUGGGGCAUUUUUCCGUGACGUUAAAAAAAAAAAAAGCCGAGCCGCGGAGGCAUGUCCGUAGAGAGGGGGGAAACCGUUUUUGACCCCUCGUGCCUUCCGGCCGGGCCUUCGAGGCUGACGAGAGGAGAAGAGGCGGUCGGCCUUGCUGAUACUGGACAGUGUGGAAUCUUGAGGUGGACUUGGCGGACAUGGAGCCGUGUGAGAGUUGUAGUGCUCUGUCCGUCCUCGCACCCCACCCCACCUCUCCUGUGCUGACUAUAGUGUGUGGGGGGAAGUGAAACCAGCAGAGUUGUACGGUGCAAAGACUUAUAGUGACUGUUUACAUGGUGCUUCGGCACUCUACUGGAGUAUUGUACGUGGAUCUGAACAAAUCCUACCUGUUUAUAUGGUCAAAUGGUUCAUCGUCUUGUCUUAAUUUGUUGUUUUUUUUACGCAAUAAAACAAAAAAUAUAAACUUUA